UGUUGAGAACCCCUAAGACCAGAACUCCGUAUGUCCCUCAAUAUGGCCCAAAGCCAUUCUGGCAUAGAGAGGUCGGAUGGGUGUUGCUGCCUGUCUGCAUGUUCAGCUUUUCUAACCAGCUUCACUCCAUUUCCAGUGCCAUGUACAAGCAGCAAAGAGAAAUAAAGCUAACUUCUCCUGUUGCCUCUUGCUGUAGGAAGAAGCUUGAAGCAAUUGGUUAAAUUUAUUCUUUUUCAGGCAUCCUCCAUCCAUUCAGUACAGCUCCGCAACUCUGUAUUCAGCACAAGAAAGAUGACUGCUUUGAAUUACUAACUAGAAUUGGUGAUUAUCAUCAGCAUUGCUGCCUGCGUUGGGCUACAGAUGAGGAGCAUGGGUGAAAUGCAGCAAGGUGGGCUCGCCUCUGGCUGCUGCUGUGCCAUGUGGGAGCUGCAGAGGACUGCAGCUGGUGCAUGAAGCAGCUGAAGGAUCGGCCCAUUUGGGCACGUGGCCCUGAAGAGCACGGAUCUCCAGCAAGUCCCCCAUCUAGUUGCUGAUGGACAGGGAGGAGAGCAGGCUGAGGGCUGAGCUCUGCGGUGAGAACAGGAGCAGCCACGACCAAAUACACGCCGUGGACAGCCCUGGGGCAAAUGGAGAGGAAGAGGGCAUGGAGCAAGGGCACGGCCACUGUCCUGGCUGUCCUGCUCUCCUCCUUCCUGCAAGCUGCUGGGGUGGGAGCCCUGCAUGAUUCUGCGGUGGCAGAGAAUGGCAGCUGGGCUGCUGAGGAAGUGCAGGGCAAUGCGUCCAUGGAGCACACAUUUUUCUCUCUGGAUUAUCAGCACGUCCAAGUCCCCUUCGAAAUCACGCUCUGGAUCAUGCUUGCAUCCUUGGCCAAAAUAGCAUUUCACCUAUACAACAAGCUGCCUUCCGUGGUCCCGGAAAGCUGUUUAUUGAUAUUUGUGGGACUCAUCAUGGGGGGCAUCAUCUAUGGCCUGAACGACAAGUCACCUCCUGUCAUGGACAGCGAUAUCUUUUUUCUCUACCUGCUGCCCCCCAUCGUCCUUGACGCAGGGUACUUCAUGCCCAGCCGCCCAUUUUUUGAGAACAUUGGCACCAUUCUCCUCUACGCAGUGGUGGGGACGAUAUGGAACGUGUUUGGGAUUGGCUUUUCUCUCUACGGCAUCUGCCAAGUGAGAGCUUUUGGGCUGCGGGACGUGUCACUGCUUCACAACCUGCUCUUUGGCAGCCUGAUUUCAGCUGUGGACCCUGUGGCAGUGCUGGCAGUGUUUGAGGAGAUCCACGUCAACGAGAAGCUGCACAUCCUGGUCUUUGGCGAGUCGCUCCUGAACGACGCGGUGACCGUGGUGCUCUACAAGCUAUUUCGAUCGUUCUGUGAAAUGCCAGCCAUCAAAACAGUGGAUGUGUUCGCCGGAGUUGGAAAAUUCUUUGUGGUUGGGAUUGGGGGAGUGUUGGUAGGUCUUACCUUUGGGAUGACCUCUGCCUUUACCACACGAUUCACCAAGGACAUCCGUGUCAUCGAGCCGCUCUUUGUUUUCCUGUACAGUUACCUUUCCUACCUCACCGCAGAGAUGUUUCACCUCUCUGGCAUCGUGGCCAUCAUUGCUUGUGCCAUGGGCAUGAAACGUUAUGUGGAGGCCAACAUCUCCCUGAAGUCCCACACCACGGUCAAAUACUUCAUGAAGAUGUGGAGCAGUGUUAGUGAUACCCUCAUCUUCAUCUUUCUUGGAGUGUCUACCAUUGGAGAAAAUCACGAGUGGAACUGGCCAUAUAUUUUCUUCACUGUCAUUUUCUGCCUGAUUUGGAGAGCACUGGGGGUUCUGGUGCUGACCUUCUUUGUGAACAGAUUUCAUGUGAACACUGUUACCAGCAAGGACCAAUUCAUCAUUGCCUACGGGGGGCUCCGCGGUGCCAUUUGCUUCUCUUUGGUCUUCUUGCUUCCUGACUUCCGCAGAAAGAAGCUCUUCAUUGCAGCCACCACUGUGGUCAUCCUCUUCACCGUGUUUGCACAGGGAAUGACCAUCCGCCCUCUUGUAGACUUGCUGCAUGUCAAGAGGAAAAGAGAGAGUGCUCCCACAGUGGGUGAGCAGAUUCACAUUCGGUUCCUGGAUCACUUGCUGGCUGGCAUAGAAGAUAUAUCUGGACACUGGGGACAGUAUUACUGGAAAGACAAGUUGGAGUAUUUCAACAGCAAGUAUCUGCAGAAGUUCUUGCUCCGAGAAUACGACCAGCCCAAAUCAAGCAUUGUGCUCCUCUAUGAAAAGCUGGAGCGGAAGCACGCCAUCGAGCUGGCAGAAGCAGGGCAGCUGGGCCAUGCGCCGUCCCACCCCUCCUUGCUUAACAGCGACAGGACUGUUAUCACAGAGAAGAAACUGGAGGAUACUCUGUGUCCGGAUGGUCUGGAAGACAUACAGGAAAUACUGGCAAGGAACUUGUACCGCAUCAGGAGAACGGGCCCAGCGUACAGCAGGCACACACUGCCCGGUGAGACAGAGCCCGUGGAGCAGGCCCAGGAGAUCCUGAUCCUGCAGCGCCGGAGCCUGCGGGUGGAUGCAAGUGGGAGUGAUGGGAUCAGCCCCAGGAAAGAGAAGGAGGGCUCUUCCCUGGUGCGGGGUGACUCCGAUGUGCAGCCCCGUCUGUGCCGCUCCCUCACCGUUGAAGAUGCAGAGAAGGUUCGGGCUGUGAAGCAAAAUCGGUCGCAGUCUGUGUGUGUGAUCCCUGCCCACAGCAAGCAGGAAGAAGGGAAAGAGAUGGCUUCAAAUAUGUGAUGCUGCUGUCUGCCCAGCAUGGAUCUCACUGCUUUGUGGGUGUCCAUAAUACACUCUGCUUUAUUUUCUUUCUCUCUCUUUUUUUUUUUUUGGUCUCUUUUUUUUGUUGUUUUGUUACGAUGACCAGCAACAUGAUCUUAAUGUAAAUAAGAUGCGUAUUGAAAAGGACAGCAUGGACUGGGCAAAAAAAUUCUGAACACGUCAUGCUCUUGUUGUGCAGCGCUCUGUUCUGAAAGGGAACCAAGGAAAAGGCAAAUACUGGAUGUUAGGUGAAAUUUAUUCUCAGAAAAAUUGGUGGGAUAUUGGCAUGGGCUGCCCUGGGAGAUGGUGAAGUCACCGUCCCUGGGGUUGUCCAAGAAAAGGGCAGCUGUGGUACUGAGGGAUGUGGUCAAGAGUGGUCACAGGCACGGUGGUGGUUGGAUUAGACAAUCUUGGUUGUCCUUCCAGGUGCAAUGAUUCUAUGAUUCUGCGAGAUGAUGCGCAGAAAAGCAAGUGCAAGUGUUUAAUAAAAUAUUUGGACAUCUCAGUAGUCAGCAGGGAUAGAAUAAACAGCAGGGAGCGUUUAGAUUAUAUGCUUGGAGAAACUUUGUAAUCUCAAGGAGAGAUUUUUUAGGUGGUGGAGCAUGCUGCAGGAAUGACAGCAGAAAGAGCAAAAGACCUCUGCUGCUCCUCAGGAACUGGUGAGUCCUCAGUGCAAGAAUUAAUCACAUGCAUUCCUGAGUCAAAUUGUGGUGUUAAUCAGGUGGAGUGUCCUAGCAGAGGGAACACCCCACAACAACAUGCGGGUCUUGCAAGGGAAGCUUACUCCAGGUGUGUUAAAAGGAGUACAAACACUCAUUUAAAAUUUAUUUAAGGAUUAACAUUGGGAAAUAAAAUGUCCUAUGGAGAAGCCUGCCAACUUUGAUCUCUGGUGCAUGUAACAUGCAAACUCUUGCACAAAGAGCAGUGCUGGUAGGGAAGAGGGAACAGUCACUGACCCAGGGUCACUCCUCUCACAUGGUGCUGCAGCACUGCUGCUGGGUCUCCAGCAUCUUCUCCAGAGCAGGCACCAACCUUUGUGCUGGUUGGUGACUCCACCAUGAGCAGGACUGCUAAGGCUCUAAGAGGGUUUCUGCUGCCAUUACUGAGACUUACAGUGUUGGCAGAAGC